AUGCACAAACUUGGUUCCUUCCUCAAGCCUGAAAGGGUUAAAUUACUGCCAUCACAAUUUGCUUGCAAAUACAGAGCACACCCUGUUUGGAUAUCGACUUUGACAUCCACUUGUAAUUUGAAUAAUAAUAAUUUACACAAUAAUAACGUUUUCAAAUCGGAUCAACAACAUCGAUGUUUUUCUGUAAAUUUAUUAUCCACAAAUGCAAAAGUCAACUCCGAAUCUUCAGAUGAUCAUUCUGAUGUAAAAGUGAAAAAAGUAACAUCCAAAAGCAGACGAGCAUUUAUUGAACAAGCCAUCGGGGCUGUCGAACACAAAAAAAGACUUUUACAUAGCCAUGAAUUUAAAUUGAAACACGUCAAGCUUUCCGAUGCCACUGAAAUCAUUGCAGGAAAUGCUCACUGCACAGGCUGUGGGGCCACUCUUCAAACCGCAGAUCCUGAAAGACCUGGAUUCAUUCAUCCAAACGCGGUUGAUAAACGAAUUGAAGAACAAGAGAAAUUUUCAAAGCUUGAAAAGGAAUUCAAAGAACUCGAGCAAAAGAAACAAGAAUUGGAACACUUAAAAAUUUCUGAAGUUGCAACAGAAAACAAAGUAGGCGAAGAUAAGGCGAAACAGAUGUUAGGAUCCCAAUCAUUAAGUUCUUUAAAUUCGGCAGGUGGAUUUCUAGUGAUGGAUGAAAACGAAUUUAAACUCUACAAAAAGUUUAUCAAACACAAAGGAAAGUCAGCAAAAGAUUUAAUUGAUGAUAGUUUGAGCGAAUUGGUUUGCCAGAGAUGCCAUCAAUUAAGAAAUUACGGUGUAUAUAGUACAGUAUCCGUGGAUCAAGAAGCAGUGAAACACGUAUUUGAAAGAAUUGCGAGCCUCAACAAGAAAGCUCUCAUUGUUUUAAUUAUUGAUCUGUUUGAUACGUAUGGCUCGAUCAUUCCGAAUUUAAAAAGCAUCAUUGGAAAACAUAACGUUCUCGUGGUUGCCAAUAAGGCUGAUUUACUAUUGAAAGGCCGAUCUCUCGAUGAAAAGCCUACCACUGAAAAAGAAAAAACAAAGGCUCUCAUUUAUAAACGUUUGCAAGAAUGGGUGAGAAGAAUUUUAAAGAAAGAUUUUGGAUUGUUCCAAACGCCAGAAGAAAGAUCUCAACUUGUUGGCAUUGAAAUUGUGAGUAGCACUACAGGAACGAAUAUGGCCCAACUCCAUGAAAAGAUGAACAGUUAUAGAAAAGGAGGUGAUAUUUAUGUCGUUGGAUGUACGAAUGUUGGAAAAUCAACUUUUAUUAAUCAGCUAUUCAAACAACAGAUUGAAACACGAAAGAGUAACAUUGCAAUCACAACAUCCGCGCUUCCUGGCACAACCCUUAAAACUAUUUCAUUUCCCAUUGUCACUGCAACUGGUGAUCGAGCAAAUUUAUUUGAUACGCCUGGAGUUCUCAAUCCACAUCAAAAACUGUUUACUGAUUAUUUAAAAUAUGAAGAUUGGAAAUAUAUUUUACCGCCUAGAGAUGUCAUUAAUCCAAGAUUUGUAAGAUUGAGGCCAGGUAGAUGUUUCUUCUUAUCUGGUUUAUUUAGACUAGACUAUAUCGAGGAUAAUGUGAAAAAUGAAGAUUGGAAUCGAUGUAUUUUCUCAGUGUACACAUCUCCCAAGCUAUCCAUUCACUGCACAUCGAUUGAGAAAGCAGAUGAGUUCUAUGCUAAUCAUGUCGGUAAAGACUCACCAAAUAUGGAAUAUCAAAUGGUUCCUCCGAUUGACGGAAAGCAAAGCCCAAUUUAUGGAUUGAACAAACCUCUCAAAUUUAAAGUGACAGGAACCACCCGACGAGAAAGUAUCUUGGAUAUUUGUAUUGGUGGCAUUGGCUGGAUUUCCGUAACAGGUGUUGGAGAAAUGACAUUUGAAGUCCAUACGAAUGAGAAGGUAAAUGUUUAUUUGCGUCAACCUUGUAUCAUGCCCUACACAACAAAGGAAAGAAAAAUUCGCAAAGAUCAAUUCAUUGAGCAUAGAGAUUUUUGUAGCCAUUAA